UUUGUUGUCUUCGUUUCUCUAGAAAAUAGUGAUUUUAUAGUAGUUAAUCCAAUAAUUUAGGGAGUAUUAUGAAGUUUUACUAAAGUAAUAGACAUAAAAAUAAAAUGAUGCCAAUGUACCAUGAAAUUGAGUUUAAUAUACAUUAAUAAAAUUUUAGAAUGUGUUUAGAAAUUUUAAAACAACACUACCGGUCAUAGGCUUAAGUAAAUAGAGCAUUUACGGAAAAGUUCAAUAUUUUCGUAGGGGUUAACACAUAGAUUUUGAGAAAAGAUCAAAAAUAUGAAAAUAUUGUAUUAAUGCAUAGCUGCAUCAUGCACUAACAUAUGAUGAAUUUCAAAGAGGUUUGGAACUUCUGUUGUCUUCGUUUCUCUAGAAAAUAGCGAUUUUAUAGUGGUUAGUCCACCAAUUUAUGAAGUAUUAUGAAGUUUUGCUAAAUUAAUUGACAAAAAAAAUUAAAACGAUGUUUGUGUACCACGAAAGAGAGUUUAAUAUACAUUAACACAAAUGUGGAAUGGGUUUAGAAAUUUUAAAACAACACUAAAUAUCAUAGGCUUAAGAAUAUAGAGCAUAUACCGAAACAUUUAAUAUUUUCGUAGGGGUUGUUAACCCAUAGAUUUAGAGAAAAUUUCAAAAAUAUGAAAAUCCUAUUUUAAUCCUUCACCAACAAAUGAUGAAGAUCAAAGAGGUUUGAAACUUUUGUUGUUUUCGUUUCUCUAGAAAAUAGCAAUUUUAUAGUGGUUAGUCCACCAAUUUAGAAAGUAUUAUGAAUUUUUGCUAAAUUAAUUGACAAACAAUUUUAAAAGAUCCCCAAGUACCAUGAAAUAGAGUUUAAUAUACAUUAAUACAAAUGUAGAAUGUGUUUAGAAAUUUUAAACAACACUAAACAUCAUAGACUUAAGUAUACAUAGCAUUUACCGAAAAACUCAAUAUUUUCGUAGGGGUUAACACAUAGAUUUUGAGAAAAUUACAAAAAUAUGAAAAUACUAUUUUAAUGCAUAGUUUCAUCCUUCACCAACAUAUGAUCAAGGUCAAAAAGGUUUGGAACUUUUGUUGUCUCCGUUUCUCUAGAAAAUAGCGAUUUUAUAAGGGAUAAUCCACCAAUUAAGGGAGUAUUAUGAAGUUUUACUAAAUUAAUUGACAAAAAAUUAAAACGAUGCCCAUGUACCAUGAAAGAGAAUUUAAUAUACAUUAAUACAAAUGUAGAAUGUGUUUAGAAAAUUUAAAACAACACUAAAGAUCAUAGGCUUAAGUAUAUAGAGCAUUUACCGAAAAACUCAAUAUUUUCAUAGUGGUUAACACAUAGAUUUAGAGAAAAUUUCAAAAAUAUGAAGAUACUAUUUUAAUGCAUAAUUUCAUCAUUCACCAACAUAUGAUGAAAUUCAAAGAGGUUUGGAACUUUUUUUGUCUCCGUUUUUCUAGAAAAUAGCGAUUUUAUAGUGGUUAAUUCACCAAUUAAGGGAGUAUUACGAAAUUUUACUAAAUUAAUUGACAAAAAAUUAAAACGAUAUCCAUGUACCAUGAAAAAGAGUUUAAUAUAUAUUAAUGCAAAUGUAGAAUGUGUUUAGAAAUAUUAAAACAAUACUAAAGAUUAUAAGCUUCAAUAUAUAGAACAUUCAUCGAAAAAUUCAAUAUUUUCGUUAGGUUAACGUCAUCAUAGUAGGCCAUUGGGAAAAAAUGUAGGCCCUAUCAUUAUUAUUUUUUAAUUAUUAUUAAAAAAAAAUCUAAAAGUAACUAACAAAAAAUAUUUAAUCUAGAUUAAAAUAUUUUAUUUGAUUACAUUUUUAAAAAAAUUAUUUAAAUUGCAAACUAAUACAUAUAUCUUAACAAAAGAAAAACUCAAAAAAAAAUUGGAGUGGGCCCUGGGAGUCACAUUUACCGCCCCAUAUAAUAUACCGGCCCUGCUAGUGUAUUUAUUCAACGUAUUAUCUCGAAAAUAUAAUUUGAUUGAGCAAUAAUCCUAUGAAAUAUCAAGUUUUUAAGCCAAAUUAAACCACAGAGAGAAAAUAAUAUUUUAUGAAAAUUAUUGUUAUAGAUAAUUCUUAUGCUUUUCAAUAUAUGGUAGUCAAAAAAAAAAACUUUUUCAGAAUGAGAAACAAAGUGAAAAUAGGUGUCGAUAGAAAAUACAUACCAUAAAAAUUAAAAUGUAAUUUGUGCGUGUUUUUAAUGUUUGUAGACAAAAUUGUUCAUGAAAAUUAUUAUAUGUGGUAUUAAGAAAUAAGAAAGUACUCAUAUAGGCAGAAAAUCAAAUGUAUAUUUACUUUGACUAGGAAUAAAUAUAAGAAUAUAUGUAUAUUUACUUUGACUAAAAAUAUCAUAAAGACUGGAAUUUCAUCAAUGAGUUUUAUUUAAUAUUUCUACAAAAAUUAUUCAAGAGAUAAUUUUAUAAUUUGGUAAUAAGAAAUAAAAAAAUUACUAACCAAGUAAGACAUUACUAUAAAUAUAUAUAUAUAUAUAUAUAUAUAUAUGCAUUUACUUUGACUAGGAGUUACAUAUUUACUAUGCCUAGGUAUUAAAUAGUAGUUUGACUAAAAAUUCACAUUUGCGUUAUUUUUGCCUAUAAAUAUAAUGUAAUCCGAAAAGUUGGUCAUCAGUUAAAGUUUAUUCUCUUCAAUCAUCUUAAGCCUAAAGAAAAAAAAAAUGAAGAUCUCUUUUUCUUCUGUUAUCUUUGUACUCAUGGUCGUUUUCAUCAUUUCUUCUUCGGGAAACAAGAAAAUGAUUGGAGAAGCAAAGGAUUGUUUUCAAACGUGGACAUGUGAAGGAGGAAAGAAAUGCAGAGAUAAGUGCAUGGCUGAAUACAAAGGAAUUGGAAGGUGUGAUGAGAUCACUGCUCCUAUAGUUCCUCCCCAAUGUAAUUGCUAUUAUCCUUGCUAGUUGCUAAUAUCUUUAUACGUACAACAAAUAAUGAUUCGUCUUAUAUGAUAACAUAUGUAAACCUUUUAUAUGUUAAAUCUUAUGUGAUUCAAAGAAUAAACUUAUCUAAAAGUGAAUUCUAUGAUGUGCUUGUCUAUAGUCUCUUGUCCUUUGAUCUAUUUCCUCUUCCACAAUCUUCAAUCCAAACUGUUAAUAAUAAUGUAAUGUUUCAACGUAUUAUCUGGAAAAUUGAAUUUGAUUGAGCAAUAAUCGUAUUAAGUAUCAAGUUUUGAAGCCAAAACAAACCAGAGAAAAUAAUAUGUUAAUUACCGAAUUUAUUAGACAUCAAUUCACACAUAAAAUUUGUAAUCCAAUAGUUUUUAUUUUAUACAUUCGGAGUUGAUAAAGUGAAAUAUAUCACACAGAAUAUGGUGCAGUCUGCUUUAUUCAAAUGUCAUAUUCUUUACUUGAAUAAUUGAGUUGAUAUGUAAUGUUCCCAACCGCUAGGGAAAACCCACUUGAAAAAACGGACAAUAACCAAAGUAGUUUUCUUUAAAAUCAGGUCUGACUUUUGGAUUAGGAAGGGAAGACUUAUGUAACUGGAAUUGCAAAGUAAUAGGCUAAUAGCUCUGUUUCACUUAUAACUAUGAGCUUCCGAGCGUUUUAUGGAUGUUUUGCCACCUUAAAGGCAGCGGCUGCAGCAGCUCCAGACAAUAUCCAAACCUGCUAAACCAUAUAUGUAUAUUUACUUUGACUAGAAGUUAAAAUGAUAAUUUCAUCAAUGAGUUUAUUUAAUUUG